CUAUAAUUCCACGGCCUCGGAUCGAUAUUCAAUCCGCAAUGUAUUGCAAGCCACGGACACAGAUCAACAUCAUGAAGCCACCAGAUCAGAGACAAUCUGUCAACCCCAGAACACAUCCACAACCGCAUCGAGACCCCUGACUUCAAAUGCGUGCCAUGACAUGCAGGCUCUUAAUGACCUCCUUCCUCCAAAAAGAGAUCUACCGUUCGUCAAGCCGACUCUCAAGAAGCCGACACCGGCAGCAGAACAGCCCAAACAGACUCACCCCGCCAGACAGAGCUCUAUACAGCCAGACACCAGAGCCAAUAUCCAGAGCAGAGGAAUGCAAAGGGGUAAGACUUCAGCAGCUGAUCCGGAAGGUAGCGGCAGCCUUCUUGCUCUCCAACCCCCACCACUCACGCCUGUAUCAACCGUACCAGAAAACCAGCCGCGGGGGUCACCCUUUAUUUCGAGGGGAACGAUGAAAACGUCCAUUGGACGCGACACAACCACACCCACAACAAUAGCGAGACCGACGCCAGCAGAUUUCUCAUCAUACCUCUCUCUCCCGGAUGCAGAGCGGGCCGCCUCGGUCGAAAGCUGGAUCUGCCAGCAGCUAGAGGACGAUGCGUUUAUCCAACUCUGUCGGGAUGUCGAGGGGGUAUGGCAGCGGAUUGCCUUUGGGAGGUAGACGAACAUUAGUUAUUACUCGGGUGGGACUUGAUAAUCAGAGGGUAUGGAAGUAUAAAGAAAACAGAUAACUAUAUGCAU